CAGACAGCUCACCAUGUCGAAGGAAGUCGGAUCACCUGUUUGCUUCAUCCGACUCUAGACAGUCUGGCUUUCCCAAGAGCGUCUUGCACUUGGAGACGCAGGGGGCAGUUAAAGUACUCAAGAUGAGUCAGGAAGGUUGACAAGGCCGAUUGGGAUUCUCCUAGAGCAUUUGGGCCGUCUCUCGCACUAUCUGAUCGAGAAGUCAUCAUUCUUAUAUAGCGAUCUCGCGUCGUCGUCUGGAAAAAUUCACUCAUGUGCGAUCGAAGAACAGCCUAUCAAAUUAUUACGCUGAUUCCAUGGACGAGCCGGUCCCAGCGGACAAUCGCCUUCGGGCUCUGCGGAAGAAGGACCAGAAGAAGGAGCAAGAGACACGGCAGACCCGCAAAGGGCUGGAGAACAAGGACACCUCUGAUGAAAUGCUGAUGCGAGAGGCCGAGAGCCUCGAAAAGCGGCAGUAGCGGAGGAGGCAGAGGUGAAAUGGACGCG